AUGAGCUCUGACCUGCGAAGCAGGAUCACCUCAUGCUUUCGGGAGGGCUUCAGCUUUAAGUGGUGCUGCACCCGGGCAAAGCCCCGAGGUGAGCCCGAGUGCUGGGACAGCGAAUUCACCUUUGAAUAUUGCUGCAAGCUGCCCAUCCCAUCGCCGGCCAGUGCAUUGCUGGAGGAUCAGAACUGCCUCCGGCCUUCCUUCUUGCCGGUUGCUGGAGGUGUCGACUGGCAUGGCAUUCGACAGCAGCUUCUCAAGCUGACAGAGUCUUUGACCCUAGGUGUCUUUGGCCAAGAAUUUGGGCAGGAGGGCGCCACGGUCUUGCUCAGACGCUUGAGUGCAACGAGACAUCCCAGGGUUGGCUGCAGCAUUGGACGCCUAACACUCGUAGUGGCCCAAGUGCUAUUGUGCACUAUUGCUGGCGACGGCCACGAAUGCAGGAAGUAUUGGGACCAUGCAGCACAGGUAUUCCAAAAUGGUGACCUGGAUGUGGUGCGUUGGUCUGCGACCACAUGGCCAUUGAUCAAUCUCCUGACUCACCUUGGCAGGGUGGUGCAAACUGCUGAUACAACGCCGGAAUGCCAGGAGGUGGAAGGAAGCAUUGAUUGGCCUUUGGUGUAUCGCGCAUCCCAAGAUCUGGGAGACGAGCACCUCGCAAAUAUGCUUUGGAGGAUGGCCUCCAAGCAUGAUAUCACUUUGGAUUCCAUGAUGGAUAGCAACUGUCGUGGGGGCGCGCAGCUCCUUUUGCUGAUGAAACUCGGCUUCUGUAUGGAUAUGUCACCAAUCUGUGUGGUGUCGCAUACCUACGCCUUGGAAACCAGGUUGCGAAAAGCAGCGGUGAGUGGCGCAGCACUGCGAGACUGGUUGGCGGAAGCAGGUGCGUGGAAUCUGUUUGACGUGAGCAUUGGCUCUGUGAAGAAGCACGUGAGGCAUCGCUACGACCUGGGCCUUUCUGUUGAAGAGCUGCAGCAGCUUGGAGUCCUCGGAGAACGUCGACUCAGUGGCUGUCUUCAGCCCUCCUUUCCGUCGGCAAAAGGAGACGAAAGGUACUAUCUGUUGGAUCCAAAACCUGGCCUCGCUGAUGUGGCGUUGAACAGCUGCCGGGCACUGUGCGGCACAGUCUCUUCGAGGUCCUAUGGGGCCCUGCCAGAGAUCGAGCAAGGAGCUUUCAGGGGCAUUCCCUGUGUUUGCAGCCCUGCCGAUGACAGGGUGACAAACUGCACGGAUGGAGAGGUGCCUCUCUUUCCCAUGCCGGACGUCCAAAGUCGACACGGACAAAGUGGAAAGUUUCAGGUGGGAGUGACCAGCCUGGCUCAGCGACACUUCGAUAGUACUUCAGGCAAUCAGCACUUCGACACACCGUUGGCCGGGUGUGGGGCGCAUUGCAAGGGGUGCUGCAACGCACACUGGUCUCACAAGCGGUAUUAGCUAGUGGGCUAGCCAGUGCGAUUGUACACGCUGUCCCUUUUGGCCAACACUCCUUGACUUCGGGAGGAUGACAGCAUGUCGAUGCGCUAAUGUGCAUGCUGGGGGACUCGAUUGGAUCGCUUGCAUGCAGGGAGGGGAGGCCGAUGGUUUAAGACUUGAACAGACUCGAACUGUCCAAGCCGAGCCUUUGGCACGAAGUGGCUUCGAGCAGAUCCCGCGGCCUUUCUUUUAACUUUUCAUCCAAAAAGGAUGACUUUCGUUGCCUCCGUUACAGUUGUGCUGCUCUAGGACUUGACUAGGCAAAGUUUCUCAUGUUUUUGGCAUCGGUGUUUUACAGGGCGGAUGCUGCUAGUGAGAUUGGCAGUUGUGACCAUUUGUGACCCAGCAGGUGCUUUCACAAGCCUCUGAAGUUGCAUCAAAUUUGGAUCGCGCGGUGCCAGUCUU